ACAUUGGACGUUGUAAACCGACUAAUGUAACAUGUUCCGUUUAAACGUGCUGGUCCUUUAAGAGUAGCCUAGGCUGUUUCGACCAGGAAGUGAUCAUGUGAAAAGGAGGAGAGUUUGCUUUGUUGUUUCCUAUGCACUACGUGUAUCUGAUAGGUUGGUGUAACGGUGGAGUGCACGGUUACAAUGUAAAGCACACUCGCAUAAUUGUAACUUAUGUUUGUGUUGGUGUUUUGCAAAUAUGAACAGGUCUCAGCUGAAGCGCUCGAAAAUAUUAAGGAUGGCGCUUGUUGGUUCAACGGAUUCCAUGGACAACGGUGGGACGGGCGAGAGUUUUAUUAUGAGAUCCAUCAAAAUAGCUCUUGUGGUGGCACUUUACUGGUUUAUUUCCAUCACGAUGGUUUUCCUAAACAACUAUCUACUCGAAAACAAAGACCUGGAUGCACCACUAUUCAUCACGUUCUUUCAGUGCCUGGUGAGCGUGGGACUCUGUCGAUUAAUGUAUUUCUUAUCCACACUGUUCCCCGACAAAAUUGACUUUCCCUCUAUGAGGUUUGACCUCAAAGUGUCCCGAGAAGUCCUACCUCUCACCAUUGUGUUCAUUGGGAUGAUUACUUUCAACAACCUUUGCUUGAAACAUGUUGGAGUCGCCUUCUACACCGUUGGACGUUCGCUCAGCACAGUUUUCAACGUUAUUUUUACAUACACAAUUAUUAAGCAGACCACAUCUCUAAAAGCCCUCUUGUGUUGUGGGGUUAUUUUGGGGGGGUUCUGGCUUGGUGUGGAUCAAGAGGGUGUUGCUGGUUCACUGUCCUGGACUGGAGUCCUCUUUGGAGUCUUAGCCAGUGCUUGUGUUUCUCUCAAUGCCAUCUAUACCAAAAAGGUCAUGCCGGUGGUAGAUGGCAGCAUCUGGAAACUAUCCUUUUACAACAACCUGAAUGCAUGUGUUCUCUUUUUACCGCUCAUUGUCAUAUUUGGUGAACUGGGUAGUAUCCUGAGCUUUAACCGGUUGGGUGACCCACAGUUCUGGACUAUGAUGGGCAUUGGAGGGGUGUUUGGCUUUGCCAUUGGCUAUGUCACUGGCCUGCAGAUUAAAUUCACCAGCCCUCUGACUCACAACGUGUCUGGCACUGCCAAGGCCUGCGCGCAGACAGUCCUGGCAGUGAUGUACAAUCACUCUAGCAAGUCUUUGUUGUGGUGGACCAGUAAUAUGAUGGUGUUGGGGGGCUCCUCUGGCUACACAUGGGUAAAGGGAAUGGAGAUGAAGAAGGCUCCAGCCGAGAUCCCACAAGUAACUGUGUCAAAGGACCUUAAACCCAAAGAGCACCCAGAGGUGUAGAGCUUUGGGCACAUAGCUGCCCAGUAGAAGGCCAGUGAAAUAAAGACCAAUUAUUAGAUAUGUUCUUUUUGUGGAAAGACCUGAGUAAUAUCAGACAAUGUAAAAUGAAUUUGCACAGCUAUUUUGUAAUCAAGUCAUCAUUUGUAGGCAAAGAAUGCAUUUUGGGUUACAUGUCCUUAUUUUGUCAUCUAAACCUUAAAAGAUGGCAGAAACUACUGAAUUAUUUUAUACAUCUUUACAAUUACUUAAAAUCUUGGCAAACAUGGCAAUUCACAAUGAGAUUAUACUGUGUAAAUGAAAGCAUAUAGCUUUGUGUAAAGCUAAGUUUUGUAAGUGUCAUUUAUUUAAUUGAUUGGUUUUAUCAUGUCUGAAGAAUGCUUGUUAGUAUUAUUUUUGUUGAUUUGUGAUAUUCUAUGGUUUGCCGUUAUAUAUCUGUUUGUACAUCUCUCCAUCUGUCUCCAAACUUAUGUAGGCCUUGUUACAGUAUGUCUUUUUCUCUCUGUCAUUAUAUAUGUUAUACUCAUGGUAAUAACUAAAACCAUGGAAACGGAAACAUCCUCACUUUGAGGACCUUUUGAACACUUUAAUGAAGCAAUUGAAACACCCUAUAGUCAGUCAUGACUAAUUGAUGAAGUAUGAAGUAAUAAAGAUUACAAAGAUUUAA